AUGAAGUCAUCCGGGAAGCCGACGAAAAGCAAAGCUGCAGAUGCAGCCGCCGAGACGCCCAGCAAGGGGAAGGUGGAUGAGGCAGCAGCCUCGGGAGCCACGAGGAAGCGCCGACGGAUUGAAAAUUUCGAGGAAAAGAGCUUUGCUGGAAGGCCCCGUCCUAAGGGAGAGGACACUGGUCUCCGGUGGCAAAUGAUCCGAGAUGUUUUCUUUGAGAAGAUCCACUCGCAGUUCCGAUACCCCUCGCAACACCAGGAUCCCUUCUGGCUGCUAGUGAAGCCGCAACUGCCCCAAAAGGGGACGCCUGAUGACUACAAGAAGAUUGCCCGCAAAGCCGCUCGUGAGCUUGCCGUUCUCAUGGUGCUCUGCGGAAAUCCAGAAGGGGCAUUCGCUGCUAUUGGAAUUGAAUGCAGCUCUUUCGUCUUAAUCAAUUCCGGGUCCAUCCUCCUGCUCGUCCUGCUGAGCUGCCUGGGACACGUGUGGUAUGUGGCUUUCGACUUGGGGAAGUUGGUUCGGAAGGAGUUCAAGCCCAAGUACAAAACGGGGCACCAGUACACGGAUCAGCAUGGCCGAAGGAUUUACCCUGCCAUCUUCUCUCGCCGGGUGGUGAACAUGGUCCUGCCUGCACGUGAGCUUCCGCGGCCCAAGCCCGCCGAGGCUUCUCCUGAGAAGAAUAUCUAUGACUUGUUCGGGGACCUUUCUUGGAGGGCUGCAGAUGAGUGGUCUGAGGCUGACCUUGGAGAGGCAUUGUCCUCGAAGCUUGAGAAGAUGAAAGGCACGGGUGUCCAGGAAGGACUAGAUGAUGACGAAGCCAACAGGUUAAAGGAACAGAAGAAGCAGCAGCUAGAAGCAGCCAGACAGAAAGCCGCAGCAGCAGAAAAGGAACGACAAAGGCUUGCAGCAGCAGGAAAGAAACUGGCAGCAGCAGAAAAGGAACGACAGGAGCUGGCAGCAGCAGAAAAGAAGGCCGCAGCAGCAGAAAAGGAACGACAGGAGUUGGCAGCAGCAGAAAAGAAGGCCGCAGCAGCAGAAAAGGCCCCAGCAGAAGAGGAACGACAGGAGUUGGCAGCAGCAGAAAAGAAGGCCCCAGCAGAAGAGGAACGACAGGAGUUGGCAGCAGCAGAAAAGGCCCGAAGGAUGGAGCUUGAAGCACAAGCAGCCGCAGCAGCAGUAGAGCUAGCAGAAUUGGAGGCUGCCCAGCAGUUCCUACGCAACCAAACACAAGAAGCCAGGGCAAGGGAGGACUUGGCAAACAGACGUGUUGCCGAAGUGAAAAGAAGGAACCAGGAAGCAGAAGCAGAAGCAGCUGCUGCUAAAGCAAGGCGGAUUGAGGAGCAAAUCCAAGCAGAGGCCCAGCAGGCUGCAACCGAGAUCACCGAAGCAUUGCAAGAUGAGCAGAAGUCGGCGCAGAUGCUCGCAAGGGCACAAGCCGAUGCUAGGCAGUAUGAGGAGAACUUGGCAAGGGCCAGAGCCAAGCUUGAAACAGCAAAGGCAAACAUGAACAGCACGCCGCAAGCACCACCCAACCGCCGGCUUACCCUGCUCAAGCGAAUCAACCGGGCCAUGGAGCCCAAUGCCAAAGGUGAGUUCAAAGUUUCUGAGGAGAUCAGAAAGCAAUGGAAGGGGGCAGGCAAAGAGGGUGUGUUCAAGCUCUUCGCCGAGGUUGGCAACAACACCGAAGCAUUCAUAAAAAGGUUCUCGGCCACCCGGGACUCCGAAAGAGAGAUGCAGAUCGGUGUGGAGUUUGAGAAGCACCCGUACAAGAGAAACACGUGGCGAUACUAUUGCGAGCUGAAAGUCAAAGGCCACAAGAAGGACACAGAACGUAUCAACCUCAGAGACGAGAGCCACUUUGAUGAUACUUCGGGCACGCUUGACAUGGACCUCGACGCCACCGCCCUGCCAAAUCUUAUGAUUGAGGAAGGAGCAACCCCGGACGGAGCCGCAAGCCUAGCCCAGAACUCCCACAACGAAGAGCUUGCGAAGACGAUCAAGCGGCUUGGGUUUCCGGAGCUCGCGGAAGCAGCCAAGCCUUCCAGCAUCAUAGGUAAAGCGCUGGAUGCGAUUACGAAGAGGCUGAAGAUGAUGGGUGAUGUUCGUUGUUUGUACGACAAGAUCGCUGCACCCAGCGAGCUUAUGUCGAAGACCUGCCCUCAGAUGAAGCUUCGACUGGAUGCGAUGUACACCAGCCUCGACGAGGGCCAUGAUCGGCUACAAGCUUCCCAGUCCAAGGGCUUACUGGAUGGCUUCACAAAGCAGGCAGCGCUGUGCUUGCAGAUGGUGGUAGCAGGAGGUCAGAUUUUGCGGAUUGUCAUUGUGCUGGAGAUUUCCCAGGUAGGAUCCAAGGUCAUGGCUGAGGAGGCUGAGGAACAAAAUGGCGCCAUCGUUCCGUGCCAGGACUGGCCUGAGCCAAAGAAGUUGACCCAGAUUUGGGAAGGUGAUGCUAGCAUUAGGCAAAGCUUCCGCGAGCAUGGACAUCUUCUGGUUUGGCCAAAGAAGGAGCUGGUAGGAACGGCUUCCCUGAAGACACUCUCCAUGAACAAAUUAGUCGUGGCGGAGGCUUUGAAGGUCUGGUGCCAAGAAUGCCCAACCCCCAAGAGCCCUCCAAUCGAUUGGUUGAAGCAAGAGGUGCUAGCUUUCUACAACCUCUUCACCCCUGCCAUUGGCUCUGACCCGACCACCCGGACGAAGCAGAACCAAAUCGGCGCAUAUUGUGAUGCUUGGGGGGACCGUACCCUCAUGAUCCUCUUCGACAUUAUGACGGAGUACUGGGGUCAGGACCCUGAGGAGGAUGAAGGAGAUGCUCCGGCGGCGCCGCCGGCAGCUGAGGUUGAAGCUCCUUCUGCUUCCGGAACCAGCAGCAGCUCCACGAGAGACGAGACAAUCCGACAGCUAGAGCUGGAACUUCGAACGUUUUGGCAGCUCGCCGUGCAAUUCGUGAAGCAGAUGCAGCAGCCAGGCUUCGGCAAGAGGGUGCAAGUCCGUGGUGACCCUGCAGCGAUGGACACGUGCCCCAUUGACAUCAUGGGCCUCGGCUCUUCCAUGGAGGUUGAUGCGAUUUGUAUCAGUGAUGAUGAAGCCCCAGCUGCUGAGCCGACCUCCCCCAGGGUUUGUCGUGAAGAUGUGUAUGAAGACUUCAGCGCUUUCGUUGGUGAAGUGGAGCAAGAGUUGGAGCAACAACUUCUCGAAGAUCAGACUCCUGCUCCCAUGGACACCACGAUGAUGGGUGAUGCUACAGAAACCGAUCCUGCAGGUGAGGCAGCAACAAAGGCUUGCACGAUGAAUGGUGAUCCUACAGAAGCCGAUUCCACAGGUGAGGCAGCAGCAAUGGCUUGCACGAUGAAUGGUGAUGCUACAGAAGCUGAUCCCACAGGUGAGGCAGCAACAAAGGCUUGUGAGAUGAAUGGUGAUGCUACAGAAGCUGAGCCCGCAGGUGAGGCAGUGAAUGAUGCCGAGCCCGUAGGUGAGGCAGAAGCUGACAGUGGUGCCUCCAAAGAUGCUCCGGAUGUGGCAGUUAACCUUGUGACGGCAGCUGGGGGGUUCGAUGUUCACAACUUCCAGGAAGCUCCGUCGCGGAUUGAGCAAGCUCGCCUGGGCGAGGCAAGUAAACCUCGUCGCGGCCGUGGUGGCCGUGCUAGUGGGGGUACUGACCUCGAGACCCCAGAAAAGGGAUCCAAGCCAUCAACCAAGAAGCCUAAGACACCCAAAGCUAUGAAGUCAUCCGGGAAGCCGACGAAAAGCAAAGCUGCAGAUGCAGCCGCCGAGACGCCCAGCAAGGGGAAGGUGGAUGAGGCAGCAGCCUCGGGAGCCACGAGGAAGCGCCGACGGAUUGAAAAUUUCGAGGAAAAGAGCUUCGCUGGAAGGCCCCGUCCUAAGGGAGAGGAUACUGGUCUCCGGUGGCAAAUGAUCCGAGAUGUUUUCUUUGAGAAGAUCCACUCGCAGUUCCGAUACCCCUCGCAACACCAGGAUCCCUUCUGGCUGCUAGUGAAGCCGCAACUGCCCCAAAAGGGGACGCCUGAUGACUACAAGAAGAUUGCCCGCAAAGCCGCUCGUGAGCUUGCCGUUCUCAUGGUGCUCUGCGGAAAUCCAGAAGGGGCAUUCGCUGCUAUUGGAAUUGAAUGCAGCUCUUUCGUCUUAAUCAAUUCCGGGUCCAUCCUCCUGCUCGUCCUGCUGAGCUGCCUGGGACACGUGUGGUAUGUGGCUUUCGACUUGGGGAAGUUGGUUCGGAAGGAGUUCAAGCCCAAGUACAAAACGGGGCACCAGUACACGGAUCAGCAUGGCCGAAGGUGUUUCCAGGGCACGAAGGCUUCUCCUGAGAAGAAUAUCUAUGACUUGUUCGGGGACCUUUCUUGGAGGGCUGCAGAUGAGUGGUCUGAGGCUGACCUUGGAGAGGGCAGUGCUGAGACUGUGCCCAGCUCCACCCGCACGCUGGGUCGGGGCUUGGCGCUUUUGGAUAAGAUCGCCAAUGAUGGUGUGGUCAAACAAGAACCACCGGAUGAUGAAGCAGAGAUUAUGAAACAAAUUCAGGCAUUGUCCUCGAAGCUUGAGAAGAUGAAAGGCACGGGUGUCCAGGAAGGACUAGAUGAUGACGAAGCCAACAGGUUAAAGGAACAGAAGAAGCAGCAGCUAGAAGCAGCCAGACAGAAAGCCGCAGCAGCAGAAAAGGAACGACAAAGGCUUGCAGCAGCAGGAAAGAAACUGGCAGCAGCAGAAAAGGAACGACAGGAGCUGGCAGCAGCAGAAAAGAAGGCCGCAGCAGCAGAAAAGGAACGACAGGAGUUGGCAGCAGCAGAAAAGAAGGCCGCAGCAGCAGAAAAGGAGCGACAGGAGCUAGCAACAGCAGAAAAGAAGGCCGCAGCAGAAGAACAGGCCCCAGCAGAAGAGGAACGACAGGAGUUGGCAGCAGCAGAAAAGAAGGCCCCAGCAGAAGAGGAACGACAGGAGUUGGCAGCAGCAGAAAAGGCCCGAAGGAUGGAGCUUGAAGCACAAGCAGCCGCAGCAGCAGUAGAGCUAGCAGAAUUGGAGGCUGCCCAGCAGUUCCUACGCAACCAAACACAAGAAGCCAGGGCAAGGGAGGACUUGGCAAACAGACGUGUUGCCGAAGUGAAAAGAAGGAACCAGGAAGCAGAAGCAGAAGCAGCUGCUGCUAAAGCAAGGCGGAUUGAGGAGCAAAUCCAAGCAGAGGCCCAGCAGGCUGCAACCGAGAUCACCGAAGCAUUGCAAGAUGAGCAGAAGUCGGCGCAGAUGCUCGCAAGGGCACAAGCCGAUGCUAGGCAGUAUGAGGAGAACUUGGCAAGGGCCAGAGCCAAGCUUGAAACAGCAAAGGCAAACAUGAACAGCACGCCGCAAGCACCACCCAACCGCCGGCUUACCCUGCUCAAGCGAAUCAACCGGGCCAUGGAGCCCAAUGCCAAAGGUGAGUUCAAAGUUUCUGAGGAGAUCAGAAAGCAAUGGAAGGGGGCAGGCAAAGAGGGUGUGUUCAAGCUCUUCGCCGAGGUUGGCAACAACACCGAAGCAUUCAUAAAAAGGUUCUCGGCCACCCGGGACUCCGAAAGAGAGAUGCAGAUCGGUGUGGAGUUUGAGAAGCACCCGUACAAGAGAAACACGUGGCGAUACUAUUGCGAGCUGAAAAACUCCCACAACGAAGAGCUUGCGAAGACGAUCAAGCGGCUUGGGUUUCCGGAGCUCGCGGAAGCAGCCAAGCCUUCCAGCAUCAUAGGUAAAGCGCUGGAUGCGAUUACGAAGAGGCUGAAGAUGAUGGGUGAUGUUCGUUGUUUGUACGACAAGAUCGCUGCACCCAGCGAGCUUAUGUCGAAGACCUGCCCUCAGCUACUGAUGAAGCUUCGACUGGAUGCGAUGUACACCAGCCUCGACGAGGGCCAUGAUCGGCUACAAGCUUCCCAGUCCAAGGGCUUACUGGAUGGCUUCACAAAGCAGCUCUUUGUUGGCACUGGUUUAAUGGACUGCUUGAAAGCCUGGGGCAAUCCUAAACCUAAAAAAUCCUUGUCCAUUCAGGCCCCAGCUGCGAUCGUGGGUGAGUCUGCAGCAGCUGCCAUCAAAGAUGGCCUGAAGAACAGCAGCAUGCAGGCAGCUGCCAAGGUAGAUAAAUCACAUUCGGAAAGGAAUGCCCAUCGGCUGUUCAAUCGGUUCGGGCUUAGUUUGAGGGUCAAGGUUUCUGAAUUACACGUACCUGGCAGCAGCUCCUGCGAUGAUGUAAGCAUUCCUUAUAUCAAGGUGUCUGACUAUGUCACGUUUCUAUUGAACAAGUAUCCUCAGUUGAUCUUGGCAGGAAACAAGAUAGGGAAGGAAAGUCAGACUGCAUGCCGGGUAUUUUGGCAGCGCUUCCGAGGAUACCACCCAGAGCAUAUCCUGUUUCAGAACCCACCCAAGGAUUUGGAUCCCGAGUUCACAAUCCCUUUAUUUCUUCAUGGAGACAAAGGAAGAUCGCUGCAGAAAUCACCGGUGUUCGUCUUCUCGUUCCAAUCUCCAUGGAGCAUGCCGGAUCACAUUUUGCGUAAGUGUGCCUACGACGAUAGGGAUCGCAAUAAGGUUCAUGGGCAUCUUAGCACCACAUGCAGUGACAGAUUGCGGCUCUCCGGCAAAAGGUCUCACGCUGAGAUGUCUGGAUGUCCCAUAGGCCACCCCGAACGGUACUGCCCAACAAAUGACCAGAGACACAAUGCCAAGGGACACUCCUAUCUCAGCAGGUUUUUGAUUUGCGCCUGCACAUCGAGGUUGUACAAGCGCAAUGAAGCAGCACUGCCCGCCAUCCUCAAAGAGACGGCACGGGAGCUAGAGCAAUUGUUUCAGCAUGGGAUCAUUACAUCCUCGGGUGUCCGCAUCAGAUUCGCUCUAGUGGGUUGCAAGGGUGAUGCCGAAUGGCAUUUUGAGGCAGGGCAAUUCAAUAGGUCGUAUCAUAGGUCGAGCACCAAAAACGACCUGAUGAUUUGCCCCUGGUGUUCAGCCGGUGCACCCGGCCUGCCGUUCACUGAUGCCAGUGAUGAGCCAUGCUGGGCUCCAACGGUGGGUAGCUCGGACCCAUGGCAUGCGGAAGAUCUUCCACCCCUGAAUCAUGCACCGUUUUCCGGUAGCUUCCGUGCAUUCAUGUACAAGUUUGACCCGUUCCAUGUCUUGAAAUUCGGCGUGUUUCGAGACUUCAUUGCAAGCUCUAUCAUCCGCAUGUGCUGCAUGGGUCUGUUUGAUGCUGCAGGGGAUUCUGUUGCAAUCGAGAAUCGUCUAGAGCGAUGUUUUUCGAGCUUCAAGCUUUGGCAACUGGCCAACAAGAAGUGUGCAGCCACAAAGGGCUUCACGAAGGACAACAUGAAGUUCAAGUCUUAUAAGUCUUUCUGCUGGAUCAAUGCUAAAGGCAGUGAUGUUACGCUUCUUCUUAUGUGGCUUGACUUUGUGACCGGCUUGUUUUGUGGCCUGCAUGAUUCAGAUGUACUACUUGCCAUUCACCAGGCCGCCCGAGGCGCCUUGGAUUAUAUUGGAGUGAUGCACGGGCAUCCGUUAUGGUUGCGACGAACUUGUGCACAAGUCCAAGUACAUGCUGGGUACACCUUUCUUCGUGGCUACCUGUGGCUAGCCAAUGAUGGCAUGCAGCGAGGCUUGGCAGGAUAUCGGUUACGCCCCAAACUCCACUACAUGUGUCACCUCCUCAGAGAAACCCAAGAUCAGCUGCUCCGUGGUUCCGAAUACAUUCUGUCCAGUGCAGCAUUCUUAUGUGAAACUGAUGAAGACUUUAUCGGUCGUGUGAGCCGCACAUCCAGAAGAGUAGCUGCACGGACAGCAUGCUACCGGACAACACAACGAUAUCUUACGAAGAUGCGGGCGCUUUUAGAUCGUUUGCAGCUCGGCUGA